AUGAUGAGCCAGGUGGAGAAGUGGUAUUUAACAGAAUGGGAGCGAGAAAAUACACUGUACACGUUCCGAUUCGGUUACCUUAAGUUGGCACCGCUCAAGGCGCGUGAUGAAUACAUUGAGUCGGGAGGAGACGUUGGAUCAGGGUUAGUUGCUCGCACUAUUAUCACUAAUUUUAUUUCAGUUCUACACAUCCACCGUUAUUGUCAUCUACUCAUGUAUUCUGAGGCAAAUUAUUUAUGA